AUGGCUUUAGAGGCUUAUUUGGAUAUAAGAAAUAUUAAAUCCAAAGUAACAGCUAUUGGAAGUAUUCCAUCACGACGUGAGUUAGUUCUUGGUUUCGAAGAUGGUUCCGUAGACACAUAUAACCAUGAAACAGGAGAACGAAUACAGCAUUGUUAUAAGCAUAAAGGUUGGGUCACUGCGUUGAGUUCACUUCCCUCUAGUCGAAUAUUUUUCUCGGCUGGUAAUGAUUCGACGAUCGUUACGUAUUAUGGUAGUGGUUCUGUCAUUGAUAAACUAAACAUCGGCUCUGUAGUAUACGCUAUUUGUUUCCAUUCUCGUUUGAAACAAAUCAUUUUCGGUAUCUCACAAGGUAUUCAACUGCAUGAAUAUGAUAGUAAUCCUACAAAUGGUCAAGUUAUUCGGGGAAGACCGCUGAGUAUCAUAUGUGAACAUACGGAUAUAACGACGGGUAUUCUAACGCUCGAUAAAUUGUAUUCGGUGGGAUUUGAUGGAAAAUUAAUCAUUUACGAUUGUCCACUUUCGGAUCCUCCGGCUGUGUCGAAGAAGAUUUCGGCUCAUACUGCUGGGAUAACGUGUAUCAUAGCACAGAAAAAUCCCAUCGAUAAUAGUGAAUGGUUAAUGACGGGUUCGUUUGAUAAAACAGCUAAAGUGUGGAGUUUAGAUGGGAAAUUAUUGUAUAAAUUUAAUGAUUUUACUCAUGCGGUGACUGGUUUGACUUUUGUGAGUGUGACAAAAACAGUCUGGAUCGCUGCUGGUCAACAUUAUGCGGAAGUGAUUGAUCCGAAAAGUGGAGAGAGCGUAUCGAGUUUCAUUGAUACAUUUCUGAAUGCCGAUGAAAAACUUGCUGAUAAUGAUAAAAAUAGACCGAAUUAUUGUCUUGUUUGCCUUCGAUAUAUACCUGAAUUGAACAUUGUUGUUGCUUCGACAAAUACAAAACAAUUUCAUGCAUGGUAUUACAAGAAAACUGGUUGUGUCUCCUGUUUAAAAGUGAAAUCUCCUUUGGAGAAUGUGUGCUUUACUAGUAAAGCACCGAUCUUGAUGUUUACAGGAGAUACUGAAGGAAAUGUUUUCAAAUGGGAGCAAAUGCAACUGAAUCGAAUUAUGUAUUCGAAAGAUCGUCUUCUGAAAUUAGAAGGGAAAAAAGAUAUAAGUGAAUAUUUAGUUCAAGCUGUUUCCUUGGGUGAAAUAAAUAGCACACCGAAUGCCAACGGCAAAGAUGGUAAAACCGGCGAACAAGCCAAAAAUGAAAAGUCGUCGGCAACCGAUUCGAAACGCGCAGCAUCUGGAAAACGUGUUAAAACGGUGGACGAACGACUACCAGCAUAUUAUGUACGUUCACGUUCGUCCGCGAAAAUUACAGAACGUGAACGAGGCAUCGGUGGUUAUGUGCCUCAGUAUGAACAUUUAGAGAGACCGAGUAACUCACAAUCAUCAAAUAGCAUAGCAAAAGCGGCAUCGGGAAAAUCUAUUCUUCGAAUUAUAUUUGUGGAAAAAUGCGAUUUAAUUAUCGCUGCUAGUGAAGAUAAGAAUAUCUAUGUUUGGGGCUUUGAUUCUGAAGCAUUAGAAGCUUUGAAAACGUUAAAAGCACAAGCUCAUGAAACAGAUCAUGGCGCAGAAGAAGGUGACGUUGCUAAUCGUGUUGUCGGCUUUACACUGCUCAAGAUAUUCAGUAAUCAUACUGAGCCAGUGACUUCGUUAGCGGUUGUCGAAGAUGACGACGGACUUGGCACUACUUAUCUUCUCAGCGCUGGUUGGGAUCGACGUAUUUGUAUUUGGGAUUUGAAUCAUUUCUUGCUUCACGAUGUUUACAGUAAUCCAAAUGCGACACACGUUGAUGCGGCAGAAACCGCGUCGAUGGGCUACAUUCAUAAUAUGGACUACAGUCCAGUAUUGAAAUGUUUCGCGUAUGCCGCUGGAAGUGAUAUGAGCGUUUACGUUCGAAAGUUUUCAUCGACAGGUUCAAAAAUGGAGUUGGCUUAUGAACUGAAAGCACGAGUAGAUUCCGAAGUAACAUGUAUUAAAUGGAAUUUCAUUACGAAUGAAUGGAUUACGGGAAUGGAUAACGGAGAAUUUCGAAUCUGGGGAAUGAAAGGAGACUUGCUCCAAGCGAUUAACACUCGAGGUAGUAUACACGCCAUUGCGAUCGAUCAUGUUCAACGAGCACUUUUAAUUUGCAACCAAGACACGUUAAAAGUAUUCGAAAUUGAUGAAUAUACAUGUGUUCAAACAAAUGAUGGACAUACGGAUGUCAUUCGAGAUGUUUUGUUUAUUCCUGAACGGAGACAAUAUGUUACGGUUUCCCUUGAUUGUACAAUGCGUAUCUGGAAUGCUUGGUCGCGUAGCUCUCUGCAAGAAAAAGAGACAAAUACCGAUCCACAAAAGAAAUUGUCGGAUAAUAUUUGGGAAGAUAUCCGCAAAUGUGUCAAAAAUCCCAUUGAAGUGGAAGAUGCAGAUAGUAUUAUCGAUAAAUACUUUCAAAACCGAUAUGAGCCAAGUCGAUUUCCAAUUCACGAUGAUCAACAAUUAGCACGACAAGUUUCUUUUGCCAAUAGCUAA